ACAGCUUAAAUUGGAACUGCUCAUUUUACCGGUAAUAACGCCAAUUUGGUGUCUUAAUUUUUGGUCGUCUUAAUGGCCUGUCGGUCGUCUUAUUUACAUAGCACCGAAAAUAAUAGUUAUCAUAGAGAUCAGAGGAAUAAACUAACAAGACAGAUCAAAUUACCUUCCUGUCAAUCUCAAUUCUGAAAACUUCUCAGGUAGAAGUUAUUAAAUUUCCUCUUGUAACAAAAUCCGUCAUUCGUGCUUCCAAUUUGUUACUGCAAUAAAUGAACGAGAAUUUUGGGAUUAAUUACAACAAGCAGACGAAUCAUAGAGCAGAAGCACCCAUUAGCCGAAAAUCCUUUAUCUUUUGAAUCGAUUCAUUUUUUCACAGCAUUCGAUAAAAAAUUGGCCAAUCGUUGAAGCUUUUAUUCAGCAAGUCUUCAUUAUCUUGAAGUAUCCCAUUAUAUUUGAAAAAAUAACAAUUUAUUUCUGAGACUCGGAUGGAUCCAUUCAUUAUACGCUGCAGAAGAAAAAGCCACUAAUCAAUUCUGUCUGUUUUUAUAGUUCUUGCAUAAAAUUAACUUUCUCUUAACACCAAUACACUGUUUAAAUUUUACCGUUUGUCCACUGGGCACUAAAUUUUUUGUCUCCUCUUCUCAUUUUUUCUGUUACCAAUUUACCGCUGGUGCAAAACUACAUCAGCUUCUCGAAUUCAUGAAAUGGAAGAAAAGAAGCAAACUUCGCAAAAGCAGACUGAAGAAGAAAAGCAGAGACCGAACUCGCAUUCAGAUGCAACUGUAGCUGUAAAAAAGGAAGACAUUGAACUCAACAGAUACAAAGUUUAUGGAGCAGAGGAGGAUGAAAAUGAACUGAAGCUAGCAGUUCUCAAACAUAUAGAAAAGAAAAACCGCUUGAAGGUAAGCUCCACGAAUAAACUCGCAACAUGUGGGAGAGCUUCGAUCGCAGUCGCAUCAUCAAGCCUUAUUCGAAAGAAUUCAGCUGGCGAAUAUUCCGAAAGUAGUGACGUUCCUCCGAAAGAGAAGGAAGAACUCGUGCGCAGACAUUCUCUUUGGCAACCAAUGAAAGUCAAAUUCCGACUUCAUUCAGGGAAAGAAUCGAAAGACUCUAACGACGCUGACAGCGAUUAAACAACAGACUUUUAAUUAAAAUUACUUUGAGAAAUUAAUUGAAAAAGUAUGUUAUGGUCAACGAAUUUUUUUUGUAUAUACAGUAAUGCACAAAAUUAAACGCAAAUUCAGGUUUUCUUCUCUAACAUGCUAAUAUUCGAGGAUAAAUUUUACACUCCUAACUUAACAAAAUUUUAACAUUGAACGACAGCAAAUGAUUUAAACUACCCUUUCUGAAAAUCUCUGAUUUUUGAUUUGAAGCACUUACUAGUUA